UACAAAACCCAACAUUCUCUGCGGCGCUAGUCAACGAUCAAAUCAUCGAAUGUUGUCUUUUUAUUUUUAAAGUUGUUAUGCAAUGUAAUUUCAAAGGUUGUAUGGGAGUCCACGUCACAAGAACAAAGUGUCAGCAUCUUGAUCCUAGAGUUGAAGUUCCAUCAUGACGUCCUGACAGUGGCCCCUGCUUGCGUCUGCCCGUCAUAAUGAGCGCCUUGGCGCUGGGCCUGGUCCUCGUAGCUGUGUUCUUUCUGGCGCUCGCCCUCCUACAUCGUUAUGGUGACUUGAGGAAGCAGCAGCGCAUGGUCCUGCUGGGGACGCUGACGUCCUGGUACCUCUGCUUCCUUAUCGUUUUUGUCCUGCCGCUGGACGUCAGUACGACCAUCUACAAUCAGUGUCUGUUGGAUCAUGCUCCUCAUCCUCCCCCUGUUACCCCAACAAGAAUUUCUUACAAGACAGAAAAUACCUCAACCCUUCCAACCAAGAGCACACCAAGCGUGUGUGAAAAGCCAUGGAGUUAUAUACCGGAUGGUGUUCUACCUGUCUUCUGGAGAGUUGUCUAUUGGACCUCUCAGUUUCUCACCUGGUUGCUGCUGCCCUUCAUGCAGUCUUACGCGCGGUCGGGAGCAUUUUCCCUGGUUGGAAAGGUGAAAGCGGCCCUUGUUGAGAAUGCCAUCUACUACGGCAGCUACCUUCUCAUCUUCAUCUGUCUGUUCAUCUACGUCGCUGUGCAUCCGCAAUGGCGACUAUCGUGGACUGAGUUUGAGACCAUUGGCAUCACAGCCGCCAACACGUGGGGCCUUUUUCUCCUUGUGCUGUUGCUGGGCUACGGCUUGGUGGAAAUACCACGUUCCUAUUGGCUGUCGUCUUCCCAUGACUACCUACUGGCCAAGACCUACUUCAAGGUGGCAAAAAUGGCCAGCGAGAAGGCGGCGGCUGAGGAGAACUUGGCCGAUGUCAUGGAGGAAGUGUCAGCCAUCAAUGCUUCAGUCAAGUCCAACCACCCGCUCAGGAAGUGUGUGGAUACUGUUUUGACAAAGUGUCCUAUAGAGUACCAGGAGAUGAGCAGCGAUGUGGAACAUCCAUGUGAAGAUCUGCCCGUCCUUACAACCAAAAGAGGCCUUGCUCAGCUGCACAAAAAAGUGAUCUCAGCUGUGCAGUGGUGUCGUCAAACUCGUGUUCAGUGGUCCGAGUUAGUGAAGCACAUUGUCCAUCUGGAAGAUGUCGCGAAGAGCCGCAGCAGCCCGUCAUGCCACUUUAUGCGCAGCUUUGCAACAACAGAGCAUGAUGGCUACAUCCGGAGGUUUAUUUACACUCCCAAAGUUGAGUGGUAUUGGGAGUGUGUGUUCCGUCAGGUCUUCUAUAAGCUGCUGGCGCUGCUGCUCUUCUUCCUCUCAGUGGCAGUGGUGUGGUCCGAGUGCACUUUCUUCAGCGUGCAUCCGGUCCUUUCCCUCCUCGCCAUUAUCGUCCGCAUAACUGAACAGCAACGCUACUACAUUUGCACCGAGGUGGUCUGCUUCGUCACGGUCCUCUUCCUGUGCGUUUGCGUCUACACCACCGUGUUCCAGAUUCGUAUAUUCAACUACUACUACCUGGCGCCUCAUCACCAGACGGACGCCUACAGCCUACAGUUUAGCGGCAUGUUGUUUUGUCGUCUGACUCCACCCCUGUGCCUCAACUUCCUGGGUCUGAUCCACAUGGAUCCCGCCGUGUCCCAACAAGACAGAAUACGGACAUCCUACACAUCUAUAAUGGGCUCAAUGCAUCUGCUGUCCUUCAUAUCCAAAGGGUUCUACAUUUACUACCCUGUGUUGAUAUUGCUGCUCUGCUUUGGCACCAUCUACAACCUGGGUUCUCGAUGUUUGAACCUCCUGGGCGUCCAUCAGUAUGUUGCUGAUGACCACUUGAGCUCCGACCUGGUGGAUGAGGGCAAGGAGCUUGUCAGGAGAGAAAGAAGAAAAAGACAGAAACGUGAGGAUGCUCAAAGUGGAAGAUUUGUAUGGAGAGAGAGAUAUGGAGGAGUCCAAAGUGCCUCCGGGGGAAGCAGAACUGGUUACACUGAAAUUAAAGACAACCGGGAAACACAAACUCAGAGAAGCAGUGUUGUCUCUUUCGAUUGGGGUGAGGUGGAUGAGCAGCAGAGUUUACUGCACAGCAAUGACAACGAUGCAUGAUGACCGAACAAAACGUUUGCUCCAACACUGUCCGUUGUCCAACAUUAUCGUUGAACGGUUCGACUGUAGUACUAAUAUUUUGUUAUAUUUGAUAUCCAGAAGGCUAAAAGGGAAGAAAGUAUGCCAACAUUGUUUAAAAUAGCCUUUCCUUAAGAAGGUCUUGAUGAAAUUACUCAGGAAAAAUCUGAAAACUGCAUGUGUGAGUUUGGGAAAUGGGAAAUUUGCCAAGAGCAUUAAUGUCAUCUUUUCUGAUGCUUUUUCCCCCACUUCAUGCACUUCUAGAAACUGUGAACAUUCAUUAAUGAUGUGCGUUGGGUUUUGUAUUUCUACAAAUGUUUUUUUUUUUUAUGUUGGAUUUAUUUGAUAAGUUAUUAAAGAAUACAAGUAUAA